AUGGAUCUCGUUUCCUGGACCUUCGGCGGUAACCUGCCUGAUCCCGACAAGCCAAUCUUGAUAGAUGCCCUGUCGCCUUCCACCUCGUACUCUUACAACCAGAUCGUCUCCAAAACCCGCCGACUGAUAGCCGGCCUGCGUGCUCAGGGCAUCCAGCCGGGCGACUGCGUCUGUGUAAACACCUUCAACGAUCUUGACUACUCCAUCCUUUACCUUGGCAUCAUCGGCGCUGGCGCCGUCUUCACCGGUGUCAACCCGGGUUUCACUCCAAAUGAAAUCCGUCACCACUUGGACCUGACCAAGCCGAGUCUGAUCAUUGUUGAGCCUGCAAUGCUGCAGAAGACCCUGACGGCUGUCGAGCAAGCUGGCAUAUCAACAGACCGGAUCUACGCCUUCGACACCGAGACAGAGAACCCAAACCCAUCGAUACUCAGCUGGAACUCGUUGCUUGAACAUGGCGAAGCCGACUGGGUCAGCGUCCAGAGCCCCCACGAGACUGUGGCUACGUACAACUCGACCAGCGGAACGUCUGGUCUGCCCAAGGCCGCCAUGAUCACUCACUCCUACCAUGUAUCCCAAGCCGCUGCUCAGUGUGGAGAGACUGGCUAUGCUCGCUCUCGCCUCCUGACCCUGCCACCUUUCCACGCAUUCGGGUCCCCCAUCCUGCCUUCGAGCAUCCGCCAAGGCAUCCCCACAUACAUCAUGCGCCGCUACGCAGAAGCCCCCUUCCUUAAUGCCAUCGCGCAAUACCGGAUCAGCGAGACCUUCGUUCCACCGCCAGUGCUUAUGGCUCUGCCUAAGUCUGAGCUAGCAACGCGCGAAGGCCUCGACAGCCUGCGGUCCAUCUGGAUGGGCGGCGCGAGUGUCAAAUUUGCGCAACAAAAACCCUUGUAUGAUCUGCUUCACGAGGACGCAUGCAUCCGAGGUGUGUGGGGGAUGACCGAGUCUGGCUGGAUCACGUGUGUCCAAGAUCGCACAAGGCGUGAGGAUGACAGCGUCGGCCAACCAGUCGAAGGCUUCGAAAUCAGAAUCGUCGACGACGAUGGCGAGCCCAUCACGGCGGACAAUGUCUCGGGCGAAUUACUUGUGCGGGUCCCGCAUCCUCUUCUGUCCUACAUAUCGAAUCCUGCCGCCACCGCCGAAGCCUUCACGCCCUGCGGCGCCUAUCUCCGCACCGGCGACAUCGGCCACCGCGUGACUGACCCCGUCACCGGCGUCCCUUCGCUGUUCAUCGUCGACCGUGCGAAGGAGCUUAUCAAGGUCCGUGGCUGGCAGGUGUCGCCGACGGAGAUCGAGUCGGAGCUCAUGCAGCACCCGGGCAUCGCCGACGCAGCCGUCAUCGGUGUCAAGGAGGCCGAUGGUGUCGAAGAGUUCAUCCGCGCGUACAUUGUGCGAAAGGCUGUUUUCAGCACCGCCGACGAAGAGUUGAUCGACGAAAAGGUCUUGCGUCUCUGGCUGCGCCAGCGCCUCGCGGGGUACAAAAUGCCCGCCGAGACCGUCUUCGUGCCCUCGGUGCCGCGCAACGGCACUGGCAAGAUCCUCCGCCGCGUCCUGCGCGAGGGCCAGCUCACCGCGCCUCCGAAGGCCCCCGUCCACAAGCGCGUCGACUCGGCCAUGUCUUGCGUCGGCGCCAACCCGCUCGGGAGCAACCCGGUGGAGCCUCAGGACAACACCGCACCCAUCGGCCACGCGCUCUCGACCGUCCGGUCGCAGGUCGAGAUGGCUUCUGCUGCUGCUGCUGCGGAGCCUCCGAUCGCCGUUGGGGAAGAAGACGUCGCGUCCAGUGGCCCUCCACCAAAGCCGGAGGCCCCUGUCGUCGCCAUCGCAAUGCCUGCGCAGUCCACGUUCUCUGUGGACACGAACGCGCAGAAGAAGCCGGCCUCGAUCAGGAGGCAGCUGAAGAAGCUGGUCGCGAAGAAAGACAGGCUCGUUUCGCGCGUCAUGGUCGGUUGGUCGCAUUCGCUGCACCUUGUCAGGCACGAGUUUGGCAGGCACUGA